AGGGAUCUGCUGGGUUACAUAAACCCACGGAAAUCUUUUCCAACUUUGCGCGGGGGCUUUCUGGAAACAUCUGAGGCGCCUUGGCGUGAAACCAAGAAACGAGCCUUUGCCGUUUUAUCCGAGACGAUGCACAGCCGUGCUUCCUCCAAACCCGUGGCUUUCCGAAUCCAACCUUUCGAGGAUAACGCAGAGGGCGCGCGCAGGGCGGAGGCGGAACCAAAAGCAGGCCCGGCAGAGGAGGGGAAGAAAUGGCUCGCCCGGGAGGCGGAGGGCAGCUGCUGAAUCGCCUCCUCUUGCAUCUUUCGCAGUCCGCCCGGUGGGCUGCAAUGAAGCCCAGCCGAGAGGCUGCUUUGCACAGCGCUGCAGUGGCCUCAGGUAAAAUCGAAGUGAAUGGUGCCCACCUGCACUAUCAGCAGACAGGAGGUGGAAAUCAUGCCGUCCUGCUACUUCCUGGAAUGUUAGGAAGUGGCCAGACUGAUUUUGGACCACAGUUGAAGUCUAUGAACAAGGAGCUCUUCACAAUCGUAGCCUGGGACCCUCGGGGAUACGGAAAGUCUAUCCCUCCACUUCGAGAGUUUCCUCCUGAUUUUUUUGAAAGAGAUGCAAAGGAUGCUGUUGACUUGAUGCAGGCACUGAAGUUUCAGAGGUUCUCUCUGUUAGGAUGGAGUGAUGGUGGAAUAACAGCCCUUGUUGCUGCAGCAAAGUAUCCACAUCUUAUCCACAAGAUGGUGAUUUGGGGAGCCAAUGCCAAUGUUACGGCAGAGGAUGUGAAAAUUUACAAUGGUAUCCGAGAUGUUUCCAAAUGGAGUGAAAGAACCAGGAAGCCACUGGAAGAAAUGUAUGGAUAUGAAUACUUUUCGAAAACCUGUGAAGCCUGGGUGGAUGGAAUCUCUCAGUUCAUGCACAACCCAAAUGGUAGUAUCUGCCAGCCUUUACUGCCUCAUAUCAAGUGCCCAACAUUAAUAAUCCAUGGAGACAAAGACCCCCUGGUGCCACGCUUUCAUGCCGAGUACCUACACAAACAUAUCGAAGGGUCGCAGUUGCAUUUUGUGCCUGAAGGAAAACAUAAUCUACAUGUACGUUUCGCGGAGGAAUUUAACAGAAUGGUGGAAAAAUUUCUUAACUAGGAUGUUUGCUCGGUAUUUAAGCAAAAGCCUAGCCAUACUGCUAGUCAAGGUGCCAAUGUAACUCAUACCUAAGGGAAUAAGGGUUGGAGGGCAAAGGGAGAAAUCAAAUGUCUUUGGCUUUUGUUGACACAGGGGGCAAUGAAUUCAUCCUAUGUCAGCUGGCUUAGUAUACGAAAGAAGCUGUUGUUUCUUUGACAAAAUCAGGAUUAAAAUCAGAUAUGGACUU